GCAGAAAAGGUAACCACACGGGACAAGUCACAAGCAUGGCCCGCAAUCAGAUGUGUGCGGCGAUGAUGCUGCUGGCGGUGGCCGCCAUGUGCGAGAGGGCACUGGCUGGAGGGUACGCGCACUCCUACGCCCACCAGACUGGGCCCGUGGUGGGUCCCGCCCACGCCGUCACCGUCGGAGGGUACGGCGGACACGGCGGCUACGGCGGUCACGGCCACGGGCACAGCGUGGACUAUGUCGCUUACCCGAAGUACGAGUUCGAAUACGGGGUGUCCGACGGGCACACAGGGGACCACCACUCCCAGAAGGAGCACCGCGACGGAGACGUGGUGACUGGCGAGUACUCGCUCAAGGAGGCGGACGGCAGCGUGCGCACCGUCAAGUACCACGCCGACAAGUCCGGCUUCCACCCCGUCGUGCACCACUCGCACCACGCUGAACUCGCGGACUUUAUCAUCGAGUCUGAGGAGCGAGCAGGUGGCGUCAAUCAGCCUUGUCCUGAACAAGUUCCAUUACCUGGUAUAUCACACGGCAUUGCCCGUGUUCGGCGAGCGGCGGUUGCAGGCGCGGGGCUCGGGGGUGGGCGAGGACACGCCCCACCUUGCAUCGCACCGAUCACCGCAGCUCGACACGCCGCGGCGGCGCCGGUGGCCCAAACUAUCGGGCGUCCAUGGGCGUCCCAACAAACGGGUAGCAGCACUGGCAGGGGUCCCUCGCAGCGGCCAGCACGUGUGCGCGAAGCUGCAGCUGGCAAGAUCGCCGAAUCUCUGCCUGGGUGCUCGCACUGGCCGCCUACAGCCGCCGCAAGGGGAGCGGUCGCCACCGCCGCUACCCCUCCCGAAGCUGACUGCCCACGACACCGCCAGCGCAAGAUGGUGUUCGCGCUGCUGGUGCUGGCGGCGGCCGCUAGAUGGCAGGAGGUGCUGUGCGGCGGGCACGCGCAUUCUUACGUCCACCAAUCAGCGCCUGUCGUGGGCCCGGGGCAUCCCGUAGAGGUCGACCAUGGUCACGGCCAUGGACAUGGACAUGGACACAGCGUCGACUACGUGGCGUACCCGAAGUACGAGUUCGAGUACGGGGUGUCUGACGGUCACACAGGGGACCACCACUCCCAGAAGGAGCACCGCGACGGAGACGUCGUGACUGGCGAGUACUCGCUCAAGGAGGCGGACGGCAGCGUGCGCACCGUCAAGUACCACGCCGACAAGUCCGGCUUCCACCCCGUCGUGCACCACUCGCACCACGGUGGCAGCGCUGGAGCUGGAGGCUACGAAGGCGAUUAUGGGUACUGAAUACGACUCACCACAUCGAUUCGACAACUAGUUAAUGGCUGUGAGGACGGUACAAAGAUGCUCAUCACUUCACUAAUGACACAAAUCUGCAUGUUAAAAUGUUUAAGAUUAGUUGUUUUCUUAUUUUUGAACAGUGAAUCGUUUUGUAUGCUUAAUAAAUUUGUCUGAUAUAUUAAAACAA